AUGGCUGAAGUUGUAAAUGGAAGAGAUAAAACAACGGUGACAAAUCCAUUAGAACCAACAAGUAGUGAUGAAGAAGUUGGGAAAAAUGAGGAAACGUUAACUUCGUGGGACAAUGGUGAUGUUUUGGAUGAAAAGACUUAUCGUACCGAAGAAAGCGACGUUGAUUUAUCAAAAGAUAAUAGUCUAAUUGUUGAUAUUUCGGAUGCUCUCUCUGAAAGAGAUAAGGUGAAAUAUACAGUUCAUACAAGGACGACACUUCCGGAUUUUUCAAAAAAUGAAGUCAGCGUUGUACGAGAACAUGAGGAAUUCAUUUGGUUGCAUACAUGUUUAGAGGAAAACGAAGCAUAUGCAGGCUUUAUUAUUCCCCCAGCACCACCACGACCAGAUUUUGAUGCAUCACGUGAAAAGCUUCAAAGAUUGGGUGAAGGUGAAUCAACGAUGACUAAGGAUGAAUUUCUGAAAAUGAAACAAGAACUAGAGCAGGAAUAUCUUGCGACAUUCAAGAAGACGGUCGCCAUGCAUGAAGUGUUUCUUUGUCGUCUUGCAACGCAUCCGGUUUUCAAAAAUGAUCCCAAUUUCCGGAUAUUUUUAGAAUAUGAACAAGAUCUUUCGGUUCGUGCGAAAAAUAAAAAAGAACUUGUUGAGUCGUUUUGGAAACGAUUAACGCAAUCUGCCGAUGAAGUAUUACUGUCAGGACAGAAAGAUGUUGAUGAUUUUUUUGAACAUGAGCGGAAUUAUUUGAUUGAGUAUUAUACUCAUGUGAAGGAAGCUUCAUCGAGAUGUGAUAGGAUUUCACGACUUCGUAAAAGUUAG